GCACGGCGGCCCGGCGCAGGACUAGAGGAGGCAACGGCUGUGCGGCCUGCGAGCGCGCGCUCCCUUACCGGCCAACGGACGCGAGGCGCGCGCCAUGGAACAACGGUUAGCUGAGUUUCGGGCGGCGCGGAAACGGGCGGGUCUGGCAGCCCAACCCAGCGCUGCCAGUCAGGGCGCACAAACCCCAGGAGAGAAGGCGGAAGCAGCAGCGACUCUAAAGGCAGCCUCAGGGUGGCUAAAGCGGUUCCUGGUGUGGAAUCCUAGGCCCGCAAGUGCCCGGGCCCAGCCCGGCCUAGUUCAGUUAAAAACAAUGUCUAACCCACGCAAUGAGCUUUUGACUGUAUGUCUCAUUUCCAAAGGAAUGAGAUCAUUGAGUUGGACCCAGAGAAACUGAACUCAGAGAAAAACUUCCAUUAUUGAGAACCCAAAAGCUGAUGGCCAAAGGAUGAGAGGAAAUGCUGGACCUCCAGUUUCUUGUUAAUUGCUCUGUUUUUCAUAAGGGACUCUGCCUUAAGCUCGUUUUCAUUGACUGUUACCAUUUCUGGGUUUGCUCUGGUGUAAAAAUUCUCAUUUAAUUUUUUUUCUUCAGAUUCUGCCUCUAGUUUAGAAAAGAAAAAUUCUAAUUUACAAUUCAUGUCAGAUAAUUUUGAUGGCACACUGUGGCCUGUCAGAGAUUUCUUUAGCAUUCUAUUUUUUAAAAAUUAUUUUUAAUUUUUGUGUUUUAAUUGAAACAGCUUUAUUGAAAUAAGAUUUACAUACUACAGAAUUUAUCUCUUUUAACAUACAAUUCAAAGAUUUUUAGUAAAUUUACUGAGUCAUGCAACCAUCACUACAAUCCAACUUUAGAACACCUCCAUCACUCCAAGGAGACCCCUCAUGCACGUUAGCAGUUACUACCCAUUUCCAACCCCAGCCCUGCACAAACGUCAAUCUACUUUCUAUCUCUAUACAUUUGUCUUUUCCAGAUGUUUCAUGUAAAUGGAAUUAUACAGUAUGGUAAACACAUUUUUCAUCUAUUAAUUUUCAUAUUCAGCUAGGUUCAACAUGUAGCCAUAGCCAAAUAUUUUAAAUUUUCCUUCUGGGAGUUUGAGAAUAUUUUUUUUUGAUACUUACUUCUCCUUCAACUUUCUCUUUUUCGUACUGAAACAGUCUUUUAAAUGAUUACAUUCAUUGAUUAACUCCUUAUUUUUCCCUUCUAGCAGAAGACCUUCCUUUUCACUCUCAAGGCAGCAUCCUUGGAUAUUAAUUACCUUUUGUAAGGUACCCCUUUCUUGUGAGCACCAUGUAGUUGUUGAGGCAGCAGAUUUUCAUGUUGUAGUUGAGAUAUUCUCUCCUCUACAUAGUCCCACUUUCCAAAGGAUUUACUUGACUUAGGUCCUUUUGUACACUUUAUAAAACCAAAACCUUUUCUCUGAGAGAAUUUCUUGUGUCGUGGAGUUUACUUCUUAGGGUAUUGAAUUUAAUUUGAGCUUCGGAAAGUUGCUCAGUUAAAAACUCAUUAUCUUUUAGUUCAGAAAUAUCAACUCAUUUUCUUUCUUGUAAAGAAACGUCUUGUGCUCUCUCUGAAGUUCUAGGUCUCUUUUUGUUUUCACACUUUGAUCACGCUCACUUAUAGCAGCAGCCAGUCUAGCAUGGAAUGACUCAACUUCAGCUUCCAGUCUUUCCUUGUUUUGUUUUGCCUUCUCCAGUUUAGACUUGCAAUGUGUUCUCAGUUUUGAGGUCGUUAAGCUGUUGACCAUACUGGGAUACUGUUUUUGUUAACAUUUUUCCAUUGAGUUUUAUAGUCUCUUGAAGGUCAUCAUUCAUUUCUUUAAUAAUUUCAAUGUCCUUAAAUAUUUCUUUUCCUUUUUGAGGUUCUUAUUUUUUAUUGUGUAUACUUACAUACACAAUAAAGGCAGUAUCUCUCUUCAACAAGCAAUUUUCAUGUAUCAGGUCUUUCUUUUUUCUAUGACUGCAAGAAUCUUGACUUAAAGUAUUUCUUCAAGCUUUCAAUUCCAUUUCUAGUGAUCCGAUGGUCAGUUCAAGCUGUUCUUUUACUUCAAUUUCUUUCCUAUGUUGCUCCACUUUCCUUUCUAACUCUUCCCUAAUGUUUUCAUACAACAUAUUGGCAUUUCUUAUCUUCUUCUUUUAAGGUGCAUUCAAACUGUAGAGUUCUUGUUUCCAUUCUACUUUUUAAUAUUGAACUGCGACUUCAUUUCUUGUGUUUUGGAUAGCUCCUUCAGUACACUAAACUCAGUUUUCAUAUUUUUAUUGUCUAGUGUAAGUUGUUCACAGAUAAUUUUUUUUAAGGUCCAGGGACUUUUCACAGAAAUAAAUGCAUUCUGGAUUUCCAUUAGGAUAUGAGAAUCAUUACAAUCUAUUCCAUGUUGCUUAAUGAGCAUCAUAAACUUCUUAUAAUGAGGGUAAGGUUCCUCAUGAUCCUCUGAAGCUGUUUCAGAUAGCCGAGUUAAGUCAUCAGGUUCAUCUCUAAAUGAGUUUGCUUUUUGACCUUUUUCUUUUCAUUUGACAUUUUCUUUGCAGGCCUAGCAUGCUCUUCGUUCUCCUUCCUAGGAAAUUGCUGAUGGUAAGGUUUUCCACUCUUCCAUUGUUGAAUUAAUUUAUCAUCGUCGUCAGCAGAUGUACUAUCCUACAGGUUUUUUUGAUACUUUUUUUUUUUUUUACUUUUGUGCUUCUUUCUAGCUUCUUCAACCUAUGGCUAUUUAUUUUCACUUUCAAGCUUUUCUUAUUCUUCCUCUGAGGUCACUUGUACUUCUUGUUCUGCUUUGGAUGUUUGUUAAUUCUUCAUUUCUAUUGCUUUCUUCACAAAAGAAUCAUUUCCAUGGUAGGCUUUAGGGAAGGAUGUUUUUCAGGAGGCCCUUCUCCCUUUCCAUUUACUAUGUAUUUUUUCCUUUUUUAUAUGAAGGUCCAAGUAAAGACUUUGAAACACUCUCAGGGAUACUCUGCUUGGUAGUAAAAGUCAAGUCUUCAUCAUCUGGUUUAGGGCAUGAAUCAACACAUAGUUUUUUGAAAAUACUGAAUGCAGAUGCUUCAGAACUCCCAGAAUCUUUUGCACUUGCUCCUCCUUUUUUCAAACUUGCAUUCUUCUUGGAUGCUUCUUCUGGGUUGUCAUUUUGAAGACUGUUUUCAAGUAUGUUUUUUUUUAAUGUUGCAAAAUUUGUUGUGUUUGUCAGACCAUCAGAAAUACAUAAUCUUCUGCAGUCUGUUAAUACAUACUCUUGAGUAUGCAGAUAUUUUGUUGAAGAAGAAUGCUAACUAUACCUGACAAGCCAUAACGUACAACAGGCAUGAGGGCUGUUCUUUUCAACCUAUCAACAGCAUGUACAUUUGCUUGUUUCUUUACUAAAAUUCCACCUUUUGCUGUGUUUUGCAAACUAUAGCAAGUAAAAGUGGUGUGUUUCCAUGCUUGUUCAGCACUUCAGUAUUCACAUGGUGUGAAGGCAGUUUUUCUGCCAGUGGUGUGUUCUCAUUAUAGAUAGCGUAGUGUAGUGCGUUGUUGCUGUAGACAUCCAUAAGAUCUGGAUUGGUGCCACGUUCUAGCAGAGUGAUGACACAAAUCUCUUCCUCGCAAUGUACAGCCUUCAUCAAAGGUAUCCUGUUUUGUUUGUCACCAAUGUCAGUCUGGCAUUUUCAGUUCACCUGGAGAGUGACUGCUUCCACAUGGCCAUUGGCAUAAGCCAAAUGUAAAACAGUCCUGUUCAUCCACAGAUGAAGGAAUACAGAAACUCUAGUAUAUAUGCAUAGUGGAAUACUCCUCAGCCAUCAAACUUUAGGACAUCACCGCACUUCCAGCAACAUGGAGAAAGACCUGUUCAUCCACAGAUGAAGGGAUACAGAAACUGUAGUAUUCAUUCACAAUGGAAUACCCUUCAGCCAUGCACAUAUACUGAAAUCAUAUCACCUGGAGCCACACAGUUGAACCUGUUAUUCCCUUGAUGAAGGGAUGACAAAACUGAAAUAUAUAUCCAGAAUGGAAUACCCUUUCACCACAGAAAUGGAUGAAAUCCAUUUGCAGUCAUGUGGAGAAACCUGUUCAUCCACAGAUGAAGGGAUAAAUAAACUGUAGUAUAUAUACACAAAUGGAAUACUCUUCAUCCAGAAAAAUAUAAUGAAAUUACAUCAUUUGCAGCCACACUGUUGAACCUAGAAGUCAUCAUGGUAAAUAACCUUUCCUGCCCAUCCACAGCUGAAGGGAUAAAGAAACCACUGUACAGAUACACUGUGGAAUAUGCUUCAGCCAUAAAGCUUUGGGAAAUCCUGUCAUCCACAGCCACGUGGAGAAACCUAGAGGACAUUAGGUCCAAGGAAAUGAGCCUGGUAGAGAAAGUCCCACACCUUUUAAUCUCAGGCAUGGAGAUUCCAAAAACUUUAUCUCCUGUCCAUCCACAGAUGAAGGGAUCGAGAAACUGUAAUGUAUAUGCACAAAGGAAUACUACUCCUUGGCCAUCAAAAUAACUAAACCAUGUCAUUUGGAGCAACACAAAUGAACCGCCGAGGCUGCAGCUGCCUUGUGCUGUGCCAUGGAUGGAAGCCACUGCGGCCUCCAUCUGGGCCGAGCUCUGACCACAAUGAUGCCUCUGCCCCCACCCGGGCCUCCCUCUGACCGACAAUGCCGCUGCGUCUUUUCAGUAGUCAUUGAUGAGGAAGUAUCCACAUCCUCCUUCCCACUACCAGAUUUUGCUUGGAGAAAAGCAGUUUCCCGAAAUAAUUCUGUGACGAGCUUCUUCCACAUUAGGACAAAAAUGCUGGAAGCGCCGCAGCCCCAGGGCAGCACAUCACAGCCACUGAGGAACAUAGCCAUUCCUCUGCCAUCAGCCUGGGACCAGUCUUUCCUGACCAAUAUCACCUUCUUGAAGGUUCUUCUCUGGUUGGUCCUGCUGGGAUUGUUUGUGGAACUGGAAUUUGGCCUGGCAUAUUUUGUCCUGUCCUUGUUCUAUUGGAUGUACGUCGGGACACGAGGCCCUGAAGAGAAGAAGGAGGGAGAGAAGAGCGCCUACUCUGUGUUCAAUCCAGGCUGCGAAGCCAUCCAGGGCACCCUGACUGCAGAGCAGUUGGAGCGCGAGUUACAGUUGAGACCCCUGGCAGGGAGAUAGGACCCAGCUGUGCUGUCACGCAGCUAACUUCUGAUGUGGUCUUUCUCACCACUGGCUAUGGAUUUGAUUUCAGGUGUAUAGGACCUGAAAUGGCAGCUUGCAGGUUAGCUCUGUGACUGCAUGGUUCUUCUACAUUCUUUCCCUGAUCUUUUGCUGCCAUUUGAUCUUUAGUGUUGGUGAAACUCUCUAAAGUACAUUUACUGUGGGUCCGAUGCAAUUUAUAAAAAUUAUGUACUCAAGAAGGGAGACCUGUUUGUCUCAUUUCUCAUCUGUUUGGGGGAUGAUUUUAGAGCACUAGAAAGGCACUGGGGAGAUUCUCAGCUUAAAACAUCCAGCCAUUCGAAGUAAUGAUUAGGUACAUCAGGGCUGCAUUGUAAAUGUUCUCUUUAAGUCUUUUAACAUUUAUAGCAAUCUUUUUUUUCCCAGAAAGUUUAGGUUGCAAGUUUUGGGUUUCUUGUUUGUUUUUGUUUUGCUUCCUGCUUUAAUUCUUUCAUUUUCAGUCAUUACUGGUAUUGAAAAAUAAAAUAUCUUUAAAACAUCUCUUCAGAAAUAGGUCCUUCUUCAUUGCCCAUCACCAUCUUCCACUCUCUAUUAUUUUGUCACCACUCAGUAAAGGAAGGUAGGAAGGGACAAAGGACUAAGUGCAGGUGUGGGGAGGGAUUUCACAAGUGGUUAUUAAUAGCCAGUUCAGCAAGAAGUAUUGAGUGUGUACAAAGGGGAGGGCUGGAAGUGUAACUCCAGACCUGUUGGCUGCUUGAGUUGUUUCUUAGAUUCUAAGGCAGCAGUCCCCAACAUUUUUGGCACCAGGGACCAGUUUUGUGGAAGACAGUUUUUCCAUGGACGGGGUGGUGGUGGAGGUGGUUUCGGGAUGUAACUUCCACCUCAGAUCAUCACGCAUUAGAGUCUCAUAAGGAGCACGCAGCCUAGAUCCCUCGUAUGCGCAGUUCACAAUAGGGUUCUAAGGGCUUUAGAGUAAGUAACCUUUUCAUCUGGGCCUCUGGUGAGAAAUUCUGUAAACAGUGAUAAUCAGGCUGGAUUUUAAUGUUCCUUCCUCUUCCGGUACAAUGUUACAAGUUUGGGUUCAUUAAACUCAGGCAAACUCCCAUUGGGUUGGGGCUUCUCUCAUUAAUUCCAUUUUGUGGCUAACCUUACUGUGUUUCAGCCCUUGUUGAAAAUUCUUCUGAUAUGUGUUGCUCUUCCUCACAACCCUUUGCCCAUUGGGAGUUUGGCUGUCCCUCAGAGCCAUGCGGUCAAGCAGAUGGUCCGUUCUAGCUCACAGAAAAGUCUUUUCUUCCAUGAUUUCUGUCUGAACUGGACAUGUAGAGAGUAUGGGAAACAGAUGAAUCCCUAUUAAACAUGAAGUUUUGAUUGUAUUUAAG